UAUUGUGCUCCAAUUCCCUCUCCCCUUCUUUUUCUCUGAUUACAUGAAUCGAUUUCUUCGCAGAUUCCACGGAAGUUUGGAUCGCUGGAGCAAAACCCAUCAAUUUCGUCUUCAGGACCUCAGGGAAUGGAAAACACAGAAACCCUAGCUGAGGGCAGUGUUGCGUUGGAACCAGUUAAAGCUCAAAUCUUAGUAGAAGGGAUCGUCAAAGUUGGAUCUAGGGUUUCGAAUGAAACCCUGACCGGAUCACAGUUGCUGUCGGAGAUUCCAUUGGACAGAGUUGAAGGGAAUGGUAUUAGGGUUUCUGUUGAUGCGAGUGGAGGGGUGACUUCGGUGCUCGACAAGGAGGAGAAAGAUGGAACUUUGGGAGGUCAUGCGCUCGGAGAUGGUGGAAGUCGGAUGACUGCAGCUUCUUCAGAGUCCCAAGAGAAUGGGAAAGAGUUUGGUUUUGCUCGCCAGAAUGUGAAGGGAAAUGUUACUCUUGGAGUGGACAGUUUAGCAGUAAAUGAGAAGGACAGUGGUGACCAGACAUUGUCGAGAGAGGAAGGUUCUUCGCGAUGGAACGGUGGCGACUCUGCUGCGAAGAUUAAACUUUCAGGGGAACCGAUUGUUGUAGAGACUCAUGGUUCAUGCGAGGCGAGAAGGGGGUUUGUUAUCUGA